AUGAGUACUCGACCCAUGCUCAGCCGCAGCCCUAGUGAUACACCGUGGACUGGCUCCAACCAACACCGAUUUUCACAACGAAAAUGGCGCCCACUACUUAUGUGGACGUUGCUUGCUUGCUCUACUGUUGCUAUCUUUCGUAUUGGCCUCAAUGCCGGUUCACCUCCAAUGACUUUCACAUCCUCAGAACCUUCCUCAUCCCAUCCUUCCACAUUAACUUACUCAACACAUCCCAUAACUCGCAUGAUGGAUGAGGCCGAAGAGAGAUUCAGAGCCAAAGUCGAAAGACAAUCAAAAACUCUACCUGAGGCUAUUGAGGAAUACAAACGCAGAUACGGUAUGCCUCCACCAAAAGGCUUUGAGGGUUGGUGGGAAUACACGAGGAAAUACGAUGUUGUGUUGGUGGACGAAUAUGAUACCCUUAUGCGCGACCUGGCUCCGUUCUACGCACUACGAGGGCAGAAAGAACUCGGAGACUAUACAGAUGCGGACGAAGACCCUUUGCUCCCCGGUUCAGGCUUGGACAGACAUGGUUGGGCAUUGGGUGGUGGUCCUGAAAUGCGGCGACGUAUAGCUGAAGUUGCUGGUGUUUCCUCCAUCGACCUUGUCCGUGUCCGCAACGGUGUUCCUUCCACCGUCUCAAUAAAUAAGGAUGGGUUCGUUGAUGACGAAGUCUCUGCACGUGCUAGAGGGCUGAAAAGUAUGCUCGGUAAAUGUGUUGCAGUUCUACCUGAUAUGGAUUUUCCGGUCAACGCGAAGGCGGAGGGUAGAGUUAUCGUUCCUUGGGACAGAUGGGAGGUUGCGGGUCAGGACGGCUCUUCCAGUUCCAAGGUUGGACUUGGAAUGGGAAACAGGACCUACAUCGAAGAUGACACUCCAGACGAUGACAAGAACAAGGUUCACCCUCUUUCUACUUUCCGUCCUGAUUGGAGAGGAGAAGGCAACGUUUGGGAUACCUGGCGAAGAACAUGCCCGCCCAACUCGACAGCACGGAAAUUCUACGCAAGUAUACGGAGUGCAAUGCUCGAUAUCACCUCCUCGUCGAACAAGCCUGCAGGAAAUCAAGCCUCUUCCUUCGCAUUCGCCCCUUCAACUUCCUUUGACUCUGUAUCCUUCUGUGACAAUCCCCAUCUCCACUACACUCAGGGUCACUUCUUCAGUGACUGGCGUACCCUAGGUGAUCUGUAUCCCAUUCUUAGUCCCGCCAGGGCGAAAGGAUUCGGUGAUAUCAAGAUUCCCUCUCACUACUACUACGGUUCUACCGAUGCCUAUACAUACGGCUGGGACGAAGUAAAUCUAGAGUUACAACCGACUGACCGUGGCGAAGUAGCUUGGGGAGACGAAACUGACCUUGGUCCUGACGGUGAAGGUGGUGUCGACGACCGUGACCUCAUCAUUGACCCCUCCUACGAUGGCCACACUAACACUGCCAAUCCGCCAAGAAAUCGUAAGACUGGCAAGGAAAGUAAACGGAACAAGAUCUUCUGGCGUGGAGCUACGACCGGUGGUGGUAAUUCUCCUCCUGGUUUCGCCGCUCUCUACCAGCGCCAUCGGGCCGUUCGUAUGACCGGGUGGGAUGUCGAGGGUGAUGUAGAAGUUUGGGUUCCCAGCACGAGCCCCUUUUCCAACAUUUCUCUAUCGACAUCGGCUAAAUCCAGCACCUCGCAAAUUCAACUCGCAGACGUUCCCCUCACGGCGCACAAGAUUCCUGCUGCAACGUUGAACAAGGCGUUGAUGGAUAUUGCAUUCGUGAAAGCAGCGAAUGCAGAUCAGUACCCUGGUGGUAUGGAGAAGCUCAUGCAGGAACAUCGGUUCUCUGGUAGUGUUUAUCUAGGUGGUCACUGGCAAUACAAAUACCUCAUCGACCUCGACGGAAUGUCCUACUCUGGUCGAUUUAUGUCCUUCCUUGCCUCUGACUCAGUACCGAUCAAGAGUACAGUGUACGAAGAGUUCUUCUCCGAGUGGAUUGAGCCCUGGUUACAUUAUAUUCCUCUCUCUUCUUCCUACGAAGAAAUCUACAAUAUUUACGGGUACUUUUCCGGCAUUCCCGCGGAAGUUGUCGAGGAAGUCUACGGCAACGCUACUGACCCCGCUACUGGUGCUCCCCUCUUCCCUCCUGGCUCCAAAAUACCCGCUAUCCCUGGUGCACCUGACGGUGAUGCGCGUUUGAGACGCAUAGCACGUGCAGGAAAACAAUGGAAGAGGACAAUUGGGCGAACAUUAGACUUGGAGUCGUAUGUGUAUCGACUUGCGUUGGAGUGGGCAAGGUUAUGUGCGGAUGACCGGGAUGCGAUGACGAUGCAGGUAUAG